AGCUUUCACUAUUCGUUGCUAGGUUAUCACCGUUAUCACUAUUCACGUCUUCACUCUUCGAGCUCCACUUGAUCCCUUGAUUAUUUUGCGUAGCUUAUCUGUGGCCAUUUCUGGUUAGAGACAGGAAGUUAAUCACGUUGUUUUGUGGUGCACAUUUUGUACAUAUGAAUCAUAGUUUUUAAAGAUUGGUUAAUGGAAGAUGGCAGGGAUGGAAAGCUAUCCGAGACAUUCAUAUGAAAGUAUUUCAGAUCGUCCAAUUCAGAGUAGAUAUGAAAGUGAUGAGGUUUUGCGUUUCUCUGGUGGUGCAUCCCGAGAACGGUUUUCUCCUAAAAGUUUUGAAGAUGCAUCCCAAAAGGAUGACGAUGGUACUAUCACAAAAUAUAUUGGUAUUGGUGUGGGGCUGGCAAGCCUCAUCACAGAGAACCUUCUGAGUCACCCAUUUGUUGUCCUAAGGCGUCAGUGUCAGGUGCACAACAACUCGUCUCUCUACCAUCUGAUGCCUGUCACCUUUCUACCUGUCAUUGUCCACCUACACAGACGUCAGGGAAUUACCACACUAUGGAAGGGGCUCGGCAGCGUACUCAUGAUACGAGGCAUGACACUUGCAGUUGAAGACCUGAUUAGCAAAUUCACACCUUGGCCUAAGGAAAUUUCAUGGCAUAGUUCACUGAAGUCAUUUGGCCAACAUAUCCUCCUCAAAUGUACCACACUAGCCGUAAUAACACCAUUCUUCUCAGCCAGUCUUGUGGAAACUGUUCAGAGUGAUAUUGCAAGUGAGAAACCAGGUAUCUUUGAUGUCUUCAAAGAAGGCAUAUGCCGUCUUGUCAGCUGGAGUUCACCACAAAAGGGUCGCAUGCUUCCAGUGUUGGCUCUGGUAGUGCCCACUGUGAUGUAUGGGCUUUUUAAGUACUUGUUCUAUAACGGGGUUCGAGGUGUGGCAAAUUGGGUCAUGCACUUCACUCACAGGCACGAGCAGGAGAAACAGGGCGCACUGUCUCGUGAUAUCCUAGGUCGUACCGUGUCUCAAGACAUUGAGCUUACAUCUUCUCUCAUUGGUCUUAUUGCUGCUGAAGUCGUGUUCUUUCCUAUGGAAACUGUCUUACACAGGCUUCACUUGCAGGGCACAAGGACCAUAAUCGACAACUUAGACUCUGGAUAUGAAGUGAUCCCAAUUCUUACAAGCUAUGAGGGUGCACGAGAUUGUUAUGUGACGAUAGUACAACAAGAAGGGGUGGCAGGUUUGUACAAGGGGUUUGGUGCCCUCAUUCUGCAGUUUGUAGCACAUGUGGCUGUCAUCAAACUAACAAAAUUUAUGCUAACAGAGAUCUCCAGUUUGCUACGUUCUGCACGCAAACCUCCCCCUGCAGCUUCAUCUGAUAUGGAUCUGACCCGUGUGUCGCCAUCACAUCAUGUCUACUCCAAACCUCCCUCUGGGUAUGGUUAUACACAGCAGGCAUACCUACCAAGUGACUAAUGUCACGUUAUAAUGCAUUAGAAAGGACAGUGUAUGAACAAACUGUCAAAAUUGAACUUUACAUAUGUGAGAUCAAAUGAACCUUCGAUAGAAACUACUGUAAAUUUUAAUACAAUAUGUUUAUAUUCAGCAUUCACGUGCUUGUAUAGUGAUAAUGAUAGCAACUGAUCAGUUGAACUUUUCAUAAGGUAUGUUGUUCUAAUUUUAAAAGAAACUGAUUGAAUAGUAUAUAUGUGACAUGGAAUCAGAUGAAAUCUGUGCUGAGCCCACUUCAUGGCUUGCUUAUUUUGCUGAAAGAGAGAAAAUGAUGAAUUUGUAUAUUAAAACAAAAUGUUAAGUAAAAUUGUAAAUAAUAAUUGUGUAAAUAAACUAAUAAAAUUGUA